AUGAAGGGAACGGCCAAUACGAACGGACAUGUAGAUUCUCCAAUGGUCAAUGGGAAGCAGUCUACCGUAGGCCGCCCCCGUAAGCAACGCACCCUCGAGUCUGAUGUCACCGAGAUAGCCAUUCAGCCAAAAGAACGUCAGUCUGUGAUUCCCACGCCUAUUAUAAGAUCUGGUCCGUUCGAUUGGCCAAGCUACCUCAAAGAAAUCGGUGCGUCCAGUGUACCGACCUCACACUUCAUCCAUGUUCCUCUGGAAAUCCAAAAUGACUGCAUUUCUCCUAGACUUGGAGCCAAUACACCUCUCACCAGUAGCUUCAAGUGUGAUCAAUGCAUGGAGGGAAUUGAUCCGCACCAUGAGAGCCUAUUCUGUGCGUUCAAGAUUGUUGAAGUGGUGGGAAGGCGCCUUCGACUGCGAUUUCUUGGAUACCCUGAAAAAUACGACUUUUGGACAACUGUGGACUCACCAUUUUUGUUCCCCGUGGGAUGGUGUGCUCACAACAAACGUCGACUCCAACCACCUAAGGGUUAUUCGGAUCGUGAGCAACUUACCUUCGAUUGGGAUGCAUUUUUGACCAAAGAGGGUUAUACUGCCGUUCCACGACACUUGUUUCGGGUGUCUUGGGAUUGCCCCACAAACGAGUUGCCCCCUCACAUGUUUCGUAUUGGACAUAAACUGGAAGCCGUCGACAAACGCAACCCUGGAAUCGCAUGCGUGGCAACCGUGAAGGAUAAUAUUGGUGACUACAUAUUAAUUCAUUUCGAUGGAUGGGAUUCCGGAUUCGAUCAAUGGGCUCAUAUAACCUCCGAACUUUUACAUCCUGUUGGCUAUUGUGAAGAAAAGGAACUAGUUCUAUCCAUUCCAAGUGGUGAGUACUCCUUGGCUGACACCAGCUUUCCGUUUGCGAUCAAUCAGCUACAGGCGGGGCAGCGCUGCGAAGCAGUUGAUAAGCGAUGCCCUCAACUAAUCCGGGUUGCCAAUAUUGUCGCCAACACUCCUCAGGGUUUUCUCACGAUCGGUUAUGACGGCUGGGCGGAGAAGUACAAUGUGUGUCUGGAGGCAAGCUCUCCCGAUCUAUUUCCUGCUGGUUACUGUCAGGCAACUGGCCACCCGCUACAACCACCACCUGGGUAUUCUCCUACAUCAGCUAAUCGUCUUAUUCAUAUUUAA